UUCUCCAAAAAACUUUCUGUUCCAUGCUCGAUCCUUUUCCGCAGAUUCCAUAGAAGUAAGAUAGCGAGAGUGAGACUGAGAAAUUACCUCUAUCUACACGCGCUGCCUAAACCGUGACUUAAAACAAAAUUCACAAAACCUCGUGCUGUGCGCGUAUCAACUAAUAAAAUAAUUCAUUUUUAAUUAAUCAAAAGUGGUAACUUAUAGUAAUACUAUACUUUGGACUCGUUGAGAAUUCAAGUUGUAGAGAAGGAAAUUGGAAUAAACGAACGAAAAAAUGACGGGCAUAGACGGAAGACGCGGCACUCAUCAGGCUUACAAGGAUAAAAGCAAACCUACAGAUAUUCGUUUCAGCAAUAUUAAUGCUGCAAAAGCUGUUAGCUAUGCAAUUAGAACAAGUUUGGGACCCAGGGGUAUGGAUAAAAUGAUUCAAGCUAGCAAUGGUGAAGUAACUAUCACUAAUGAUGGAGCAACCAUUCUGAAGGAAAUGAAUGUUGUGCAUCCUGCAGCAAAGAUGUUGGUGGAAUUGUCAAGAGCGCAAGAUAUUGAAGCAGGAGAUGGUACAACCAGUGUUGUUGUAAUUGCUGGUGCUCUCUUGGAGGCAGCAGAACGUCUGCUCCAAAAAGAUAUUCAUCCUACUUUGAUCAGUGAUGCUUUUGCAAAAGCAGCUCAAAAGGCUGUUGAAAUUUUAAGUUCCAUGGCAAAAUCAAUUGAUAUGGUGAAAAAAUCCAUACUAGUCAUGACUGCUGCUACUUCUUUAAACUCUAAGGUGGUAUCGCAACACUCAAGCCUCUUGGCUCCUAUUGCAGUUGAUGCUGUUCUGAAAGUGACAGAGCCAGGCAAAGAACAGGCUGUAGACUUAAAGGACAUCAAAGUUAUCAAGAAGUUAGGAGGCACUGUUGAAGAUACAGAAUUGAUUGAUGGUUUAGUGUUCACUCAAAAAUCAUGCAAUAGCAAUGGACCUAAGCGUAUUGAGAAAGCCAAGAUUGGUCUUAUUCAGUUCUGCAUUUCUCCUCCUAAGACUGACAUGGACCAUAAUGUUGUUGUUUCGGACUACUCUGCAAUGGAUCGAGUACUUAAAGAAGAAAGAGCCUACAUUCUCAACAUUGUCAAGCAAAUUAAAAAGAGUGGGUGCAACGUCUUGCUUGUACAGAAGUCCAUUCUUAGAGAUGCUAUCAGUGAUCUGGCUAUCCACUUCUUAGACAAAAUCAAGUGCAUGGUUGUUAAGGAUAUUGAAAGAGAAGAUAUUCCUUUCAUAUGCAAGACUCUGGGCUGCAGACCAAUUGCUUCGCUGGAUCACUUCACUGCUGAAAACUUGAUAAAUGCCGAACUUUGCGAGGAAGUGCAAACUGGUAACUCUAAGUUUGUUAAGAUCACAGGGAUUCAAAAUCCAGGAAAAACUGUAACGAUCAUCGUACGAGGCAGUAACAAACUCGUUCUCGAAGAAGCCGAACGAUCUCUUCAUGAUGCACUAUGCGUAAUUCGUUGUCUAGUUAAACAGAACGCGAUUCUUGCUGGAGGUGGUGCUCCUGAAAUUCAAAUUUCUUUACAACUUGGAGCCUAUUCCAGAGCUUUAACUGGCGUCGAUUCUUAUUGCGUUAGAGCUUAUGCGAACGCUCUCGAGGUUAUUCCAUCGACUUUGGCUGAAAACGCAGGUUUGAAUCCAAUUGCUACGGUAACAGAGUUGCGAAAGCGUCACGCAGCCAACGAGACAAGUAUGGGAAUAAAUGUACGCAAGGGUACAAUCACGCGAAUGUUCGAGGAGGACGUAGUACAGCCACUGCUCGUGUCGACUAGUGCGAUAACCCUUGCAACUGAGACCGUACGCAGUAUCCUCAAGAUCGAUGACAUUGUCAAUACCUUAAACUAAGCUUUUUCUGCACCGAGGAAGUAAUUUUCUACUCUUUCAACGGAAAUUACCAUUUUUGUAAUGAACUACAACGCCUUACGCUGUUCAAGUGAAUUGCUUUUUUUUAAACAUUAUGCAUUUUUUUAAUGUAAUUUCUAAUUAAGGUUUUUUCGGGGAGUGUACAUGCAUGUAUGCAUGUACACGCACAUACAUAUACACAGACAUGUUCACAAAUGCGCUCAUAAUUUUUUAAACACAAAGUAACAAAGAUGUCGGGUUCAAGGAACACCCAUCGUUGAAUUUUUGUAUUCAGCCUAAAGAUAGCGAGAUUAAUAAAUUAAAGUAAUAGAUUUACUUAUACUACAAAAAUAGUCUUUGAAUCGUGAUUUUUUCAUUAAAGAAAACGUUUUCUGUCAACUAUCACCAAUUUUCACAAAUUUAUACGAUCAUAUUAUACAAUGCAUUUCAAUGAAAAAUAAUUAUUAAAAAUAGUUUCUAAUUUCAUGACACAUACAAUAAUAAUAUAAAUAUUGUGAAAUAUCAUCAUGAAAAUAUCUUCAACUUUUUAUUGUAUGUUAUAAAUAAAACAGGUACUCGGUAUUUGUUGCAUCUGUUAUUUGAAGAAAAAUGGUCGUCAAUGUUUUUAAUAAAAUAAUCGUAAAUAACAUAUUUAUCAAAGCGCAUUGGUUAUUUUUUUUAAUAAUAUUAUAAUAGAAUACUUUGUUAGCAUUUGAAAAUUCUAUUUUUACGACAGCUUGAAACGAUGUUCUAAACUUGUCCUUCAAAAAUUUUAAUUUAGUAUUCCAGUUUAAUUUAAAAAGAAAUGAAGAUAAUUCACAAUGGACUUAAACAACACGUCGAACUUUAAAAAAAAUAAAGGAAAUCUACCAUGAAAAUUUUAUCACUCUUAUUCAUUGUUAAUUGAUAAUUAAAAAAGGGCAUCCUACAUUUGGUAACAAAAAUAAUUAUUUUGAUCUGAUCAGUUUUCUAAUGGAAACGAGUUAUAACGUUGAUGUCAAAAAUUCAUUUGAGAGCUCCGCUCUUUAUAGAUCUAUCAUUUGCUCAACUUCUAUGCAAGUACAAAAAUGUUAAAAACG